CCCUCUGACCCAUCUUCAUCCCUGUGACACAAAUCUCUGUUCCUGUCACACCCAAAAUGAAACAGCAGCACAGAGAGAUUAAAACCAAGACUUCAGAAAAGGCUCAACGCUGAGUCCAGUGUGGUUUCUACCCCAAAGAAAACCCAUCAGUGCUGAUGCUGCAGGAGAGGUCUCUGGUGAAGGCCCUCGACUGGAAGGGCAGCUUUGCACUUCUGUAGCUGAUGGGAGAGGACAACAGCUUGGUAACAGGACCUACCAAGAGCUGGCAGGAUGAGCUCCAGCUCACCCCCUGUGCAUGACUUGCAUCACAGCACCCCCACUAUGGCCAAGCCAGAGCCAGGGACAGCUCUGGAUGUGACUGUACCACAAACACCCACCAUAAGCCCUGAGACUACCAGUUUCAACAGCACCAAAAUCCCAGAUAUGGCCAGCACUGGACCUGGCAUGAGCACCAUGCUGCUUUCCUUUGGGAUCAUUACUGUGAUUGGGUUGGCUGUAGCAAUGGUUCUGUAUAUCAGGAAGAGGAAGAGGUUGGAGAAGCUACGGCACCAGCUCAUGCCCAUGUACAACUUCGAUCCCACCGAGGAACAGGAUGAGCUGGAGCAGGAGCUGCUGGAACAUGGGCGAGAUGCAGCAUCUUCCCAGGCAUCACAGAGCAAGGUGCUGCUGCCGAGCCAGGGAGCCCUGCAGAGACCCAGCCGCCUCGUGUUCACCGACGUGGCCAACGCCAUCAAUGCAUGACAGGACCUGCCCUGCUCCAGGAUCCUGCUCAGAACAAGGAUGAAGCCAACAAAGCAGUGACUUCCCUCAAGCAUGGCUGAUCCACUGAGCCCAGCUGGUCACCUGUUGGUUUGUGUUACAAACAGGCACGGGAAGUGCCAGCACUCUGGGAAGUAAACCCUUUGUAAGGGCAGUGGUGAUUUUCUGGUGUCUGUGUUACCAUUGUAAGGUCCUGAGCUCCAGUUUCUGGGCUGGCACUGCCUGACACCACCUACCAUGCUUUGUGCUUAGGGACAGUUUUGUGUAGAUUAACCUGUAAGGGCACAGAGCUGUCUCUCUGGGUGAGGGAAGGAGAGAGGUGCACAUUUCAGAGACCUUCUCCACUGGGUUUCUGUGCCCAGGCCCCAAAGAAAGUGAUGGAGUCUCUGUGCAGUGACCACAGCUCUGCCCAGGGACUGGUGGCAAAGCCUCUUUGAGCCAGGAGAGCUGCCUGCCCCAGCUGGGGGGUGACCUAGGGCACAGCAGGGAGAGCACAACCACAGGAUUAUCCCCUCCCAGGCCUGUGGCUGCUGAUAAAUGUGCACCAGGGUGAUGUUAAAGCACAGGGAGUUCACUGGCUGUGAAACACUGACCAUUUGUCCGAUACCAAGUGAGGAAGUGGCUGAAUAUCCCAAAUUAGAGCUGCUGUAUAGACAGAGGGGAUUUCACACCUGCUAGAGGCAGGGACUGUCACUGUCUAACUACAUGAGCUCUGCUGCUGAGCUAGGAGUAACAGUGCUUGGGCCACAAAGAGGAGUUGAGCAGAACUAGGGUUCCAAUACCAUUUAUUCCCUCCUGCUUUGGCUCAGGGAAGUUUUUACAGUACAGAGUGUUAUCCAGGAAAAGAUUAAGCUUAGAAAUACUUCCUUUUAAAAUAGGAAAAACAUGUAUUGGCUCAACAACAGCCCAGUGUCUGCCCCCAGAGAUGACUAACAGCUCGUUUGUACUUCCUUACCUGCCAGGACCUGCAGUCAGAGCCUUCUCUUCCUCCUGCUGAAGGGAACACAGAGCUUUGCGUUAGCCUCUGCUCGAGUUACCUGCUAGGAACAGGUAGGUGGGACUAGACAGGUAAGCCAGGGGUUUCCCUGUAGCCCUAAAGCCUCUCUCUGCCUGUGCAUCCUUCAGGGCUGCAGAAGGAAGAGUGUGCAAAGGGGUCUCUGGCCACCUUGGCAUGGGGCAGUGCAAUGGGGGCCUGUUGGCUGCAAGCUUUUUGGUGGGCACUGGCCUGGAGUGCUGCAGUGCCCAGCCAUGCCCUGAUCACCUCCUGAUCUUUGUGUGGCUACAGGCAUUUGUCAAUCAGAUUUUAUUCCAUACACAGCACCAGUUAAAAGGGAAUCAGGGCAAGGCAAAAUUUGAAUGCAGAGCUAAAGCUUUAUAUAAGGAGUUGUUUCAGAGUGGCAAUGGAGGUAGCACAUACUUUGUUGCAAGUUUGGACCUGCCAGUUAGUUUUUGUUCUCCCAAAUUUUUUUUUCCUUCUUCUGUGUGAUUGUUUUCCCCAUACUCAUUAAAUGCACAUUCUUUCCUGGGCCCGUGCCCCCGCAGGGCACAGCUCCUUCCCACCCUUCCCUUUUCCACUGACAGAGCUUCCCUCAGGGCAGCUUUGCAGAGCUAAAUUAUUUUCAUUUUUCAGUAUCCAGCUGAUUCCUGGGAGUAUUAGGGAUUGGAGUGUGGAAAACAGCCCAGUCUCAUAGGCAGGAGAUCUGGCAGGAGGCACUCCCAGGCAGCUGCUGUGUGACCCUAGGGAUGCUGCUGGAAGGAAGGUGCAUAGGUACAAAUACUCAGUGCAAUGCAGAUUAGAGCCUUAGAUUUUGGAGUCUGUCUGUGGGUAUUUCCCAGCAAUCAGCUGAGAGACAAACACCUCCCAACACAAACACACACACACUUCUGCAAGUGCUCACUGAGAACAGCCACACAUCUGAUUUCUCCCUUCACUGCCUGUCCCCUGUCCCUGCACUGCAGCAGCACAGGGAUGCACAGGGCAGUAGGGGUGUCCAGCUGUCUUACAUUACUGGAUUUUCCCCAGAACUCUUAGGAGGUGUUGUUUUAAACUCCACAAAAGCAAGUGUGAGCUGAGCUGGUCCUUCAAUGUGUGAGGCCAGUGUGUGCCCUUCUCCCAGCUCCAUGUGCUGCAGCACAACAAACACAGCUACAGAGGAAUUCUCCUGAGACAUUGUCCCUGUGGUGGUAGGCUUUGUCCUGUGAUGACUGCCCUUAGAGUAAAGAAGACUGUAAGACUAAAAGAAUAUUAUGGGUAAUUGCUGGGCUCAGACUGGAGUAUUCUUUUAGUUCCCUAGCACCUCCUCUAAGUUCUUGGAUGUAUAAUUUAGCAGAAGCAUUAUGAUGUAAUUUAAUUCAAGUGUUUCUGUGUUUUAAAGCAUUGAAAUAUAAUUAAACUAUUUACAUGAAA